UAAACUCCACUCUGUCUCUUUUCCUAUAUUCAAGUGGGAGGAGGGGACCAUUCCACAUGCUCCCGCGCUUCAGAGAAGACUUGACCGCCGACACGAGGUCACGCGUUUGCUUAUACUUCCGCUUCUUGUGCUAACUUGUUUUAUUUGUGGUCUCCUCCCAGGGUGACAUGUGACAUGUGAAUAGACAGUGAAUUAUAGGUUAGUGGUGUUGCCAUAUUUUUACGCUGCAUUCCACUUGCCCCUCGCCCUUGUCUUUGACUUCGCCACUACAAUGUCAAGGUUUUGUCAACCAUGAUUUUUCUAUUGUUACUGGUUCUGCUGCUCAGCAGUAGCCAUGGACAAGUGCUCAAUAAUACGGCCAUGGAUAUCCAGUACCCGCAAGGCUUCGAACCUACGGCGCUUACAUGGAUUAAGCCAAAUGGCUGUGCUGUACAGUCUAUGCCAGGAAAAGUUGAGGUCACGUGUACACUUCCCGCUGGAGUAGUCGUGGUGAAAGUGUCUGCGAACGCCGUUUUCUUGCGGUGUGAGGAUGAAACAUUCACUUGCAAAGAACUAACAGAAGUGCACUCACGUAUAAGCAAACAUUCAGCCAAGCCUAAUACUAUUCGACUACUGGAAAUCGAGAACUGCGUGUUGCCAGAUGAAGAAAUAUCUUGUGUGCUCGAUGGUGUGAUUGGGGCGAAGGACGCCAAGGUGCUAAUGUUUGAAGAUCUGAAAAGUAAUUUAACACAGCGCCAUCUAGCGGGGUUCAAGGAAGUCACGGAUUUCCAAAUACGCGGAUCCGAUAACACAAUGGAGAUUCCCUAUGAUGCAUUAUCAAAAUUGCCAAAUCUUAACCAUGUGCUUAUAAUGAACUCAGCGUUGCAUCUUACGAACGAAUCUGGCGCCAUCUUGACAGUUAAACGUCUGACAUUACUCGAUAUUAAAUUGAAUUCAAUGAUACCAGAUGGCGCUUUUAAAAGGAUGCCAUAUUUGAAUAAUUUGGUGAUUCUUGGUCAAAAAUCUAGUCUCGAAAUUGGUGAACAUGCAUUUGAUGAUCUACCUCAAUUAGUGAAUAUUAGUUUAAACUCAAAUAAUAUUCGCUCCCUCCCGGAAAGGCUAUUUUCUAAAAAUAAACUCCUAGAAAGUAUUGAAUUGUAUGAUAAUCCGUUGGAGACCCUGCAUCCGUCCGUCUUCAGUGGCCUCACACGACUGACUGAGGUAAAAAUGUUCAGAAGCUCACAAAACGUAUUAUUUCAAGUUCAAGAUGGCCUUUUUUCAAAUCUACCCUCAUUAAAACUUGUUGACAUUCAUGAUACACGUUUAAGCGAUUUACCGGAAAAUUUAUUUUUAAAUAGUACCAACAUUAAGAAGAUAUAUAUGUCUGCCUGUGAUGUAAAAACUUUGCCUGAAAAGUUGUUUUUAAAUUUGAAUUUGGAAUAUCUAGACUUAAGUUCAAAUGAAAUUGUGGAAUUACCCUCAAAAUUGUUUUAUGGACAAUACAAAUUAGUCGAAUUAUAUCUAAAUCAAAACAAGAUAAAAGUCUUGCCAGACGGUUUAUUAAUUUAUUUUACGGGCCUGAAGAUUUUGAAUAUGGGAGAUAAUAAUAUUGAAGAUUUGAAUGAGUAUGUAUUCGAGGAUUUAUCAAAUUUACAAGAGCUGUAUUUGAAUAAUAAUAAAAUCACUAGACUGAGAUUUGGAACCUUUAAUUCAUUGCGACAUCUGAAGGUGCUGUCUCUCUCGCACAAUUCAAUAGUCCAGUACUCGGAAGCGAUUCCAUCUCUCUUGGACCUUCACCGUUUAGAUCUAAGCCACAACAGUAUAACAACAGUUUAUGAUAUGUGGUUUUCGUUGGUGUUCUUGCAGGAUUUGAACCUAUCGCACAAUUCUAUUACCGAGUUGGCUCGUAUAAACUUUGACAACAGAACACGCGUAGACCUACAGUACAACAACAUCACAUAUGUCGACUUAAUACUACAACCCGACAUUUCACCCGAUUCGUUGCCCGAGUUGUUGCUCGACAACAACCCAUUCAGUUGCAACUGUUCCUUAUAUUCAUUUAUUACUCUCAUCAGCAACAAAUCAUUUACACGCAUACAUAUUAACAACGCAAAAUGUUCUACACCGAACGAACUGUCGGACUACAAGUUGACCAACUUGUCAGUGGAUAUGUUGACUUGCGAUUAUCCGUUUUGUCCGGACGAUUGCACUUGCACCGAAAGAAUCGCAAUGAAACAAGUCGAAUUCAACUGCUCUUCGCUGCCUGAAUUCAAAGAGCUGACACGUUCCUCCCCCGACACAGUUUUGCGAUUGAAAUCUUACACACAUAUCAAUGGGUUACCGCCUUACGUUAAACUUUUAAACGUCUCAGGGUUAAAUAUAACAGACUUCGAACCGGUGCUUUUUAAUCCGAUUGAAAUCGAUUUGAGCGACAACGCCCUCAUCACCGCUCCUCAGUUAUUACACGAAAACGUUACUCUCAAUCUCCUUAACAACCCGCUGAAGUGCGAUUGCGAUCACAAGGACAGCGUUAGGUUAUUAAAGAAAUUCAAUAGAAAACUGAAAUAUUACGCGAAAUUGACGUGCGAGAACGGUGAUUAUGUCGUAACGAAAGAUAUCGAUCAAAUUUGCUCCUUGAAGACCCAAGUGACGUACAGCCUCAUAGCGUUGGGUGCCGUGUGUCUGAUUGGUGUGGCGAUAUUUGUGGCGUACAGAAACGCUGUCAUCAUUCGUAUAAUAUUGAGAAAGUACGGCUUCCAGCUGUAUACAGAUUUGGGGGAUUACGAGUACGACGCGUUCGUCUCGUUCGCUCAAGAGGACGAGGUGAUCGUUGAUGAGAUCGUUAAGAGCCUGGAAAGUGGCUCGCAACCGUUGAAAUUGUGCGUACACUCGCGCAACUGGAUCCCCGGCGAAAUGAUCGUCGACCAAAUCGAGCGAUCGGUCGAGCGAUCGCGUUGGACGAUCAUUGUCCUGUCGCGCAGUUUUGUUAAAUCCUAUUGGGCGAAAAUCGAGUACUUGACUGCGCACAGCAAAUCCAAACUGAUAUUGUUGAUAUUAGAUGAUGUGCACGAAUCGGAAUCGCUCAGUCCGGAAAUUAAGUUGUACAUUAAGUCGACUACGUAUACGCAUUACUCGAAUCCGUACGCCGUUGAACGACUGCGGGACGCGGUGUUGAGACAACCCAAAUGGCCGCAGUUGGUUGGAAAGACAAAGGAUGGCGAAAAGGGGGCAGUGAAAGGUAAGGUGAAAGGGGCGCUGGAUGUUCAGAUCAAUGUUGAUGGCCAGUUGGUGAAUCAGGGGGAGGUUAUGAAGUUUUAGGAUUCCGUAACUUUUUUUCUCUGACAUUUUGAGCUAGUCUUGGAGUUGUCUUAUUAGGCCUUUUAUAAAGUGCUGAAAGUCUGUUGUAUUGAUGAAGAACAUAGACAAGAUUCGGUGAGUUUACGUAAUGUACCCUUAUAAAUUCUUAUACAGGCUGGUUUUAUUACCUUAAUAACAAAUUCUUCCUUCCUUCUAGUACUUCCAUUAGUUUAGUAAAAUUUUAUUAGCAAUUUUAAUGUGUACCUUUCAGAUAAGUAUAGGUGAUGUUAUAAAUAUAGUUUUAUAUAUAAUAUUUUAUGGCUAAGUUGGUAGGCACAGCCCUUGAGAUAUUGAAUUUUAAUUGUGUUACAGGUUAAUGACCUUUCUAAUUUUUUAUAGUUCUUUUGAUAAGUACAAGUUUUGAGUUGACGAAUAAAUUUUUCAUCCUAGAUAGAUUCUAUUUAAAAUAGAACAUUAAGGCAAUUGGUUAAGUUAAUUUUACUGUAUUAUUUAACUAUAAAGGCCAUGGUUUAUCCGAUGAAACUUGUACUAAUCCCAUAGAACGAAAAUUAUUUGACAGUUUUUCUAUGAGAGUGUUUAUGUUAGAAAGAGAUCGAAAUAUAUUUUUAUAUAAUUAUGAAGGAAGCAAGUGUUCUCAGUCUUCCUCGUGUAAAAGAAAGAGACGCAACUACUUAUAGUGAUCCGCAGCCAUAUUUUAUUCUCAACGUUAUAUCUCAUUUACAAGCAAUAUUUUAUUAGUUUCUAAGAAUGAUACAAAUAAUUAAGCAAUUUAUUUCAACUCGAAUAUAUUCUAGUAAAAAUUGGCCCACGAGUUCAAAUAUAUACGUGUUUUAUAUUUAUGCGUCGACAAAUUACAUUUUUUGUACUUAGUUUUUUACCUCUGAAUAAGGAUGCUAGCUUUAUUUUUGUGUAUAAAUACGAAGACUUGGGCGCCUUACCAAAGCUUUUCAAUCAUAGAAUUUUAAUUCCAAAAUUUUAUGUUAUAAAAAUCUAGACUUUAUCAUGGACUGUUACGACUUCAUUUAGAGGAAUUGAGAAAUAAAACAUAUUUGUAUGAAAGAGGUUAGGUUAGGUUUUCGCGGAACUAUCUUCAAUGUGCCAUUCUUUAUACAAUUACUUAAACGAAGAAGUUCAUUUAGUUAAGUCAGUCUCUCUGAUCUGAAUCUCUGAUGUUUCUCCAAAGUAAUUUUAAUAAGAACUCUUUUUUAAGUAAUUUCAAUGUAUAUCAAGGUAAUGUCAUAAUUAUCUACUGUAAAUAAGAUCCAUUUUUGCAAAAAGCAGACACAGCUCCAGCAUCUGUAUCUUAUGAAUCUUAUUAUAUUCUGAAACCAUUAUCUCGUGGAUAACUCUUAAUCAUAAAAAUAAAUCAGUCUUCAUAAUUAAUUGCGCUGCGCAUAUCUCGGCGCAAACUCGCGGUAGAAGACGUAAUUGGGGGUAUUUUUAAAGCUUUUCAAUAAAAAAAUAUUUUUAUAUAUAGGUAUUAAACGAGAUUAAAUCUCUUUUAUCAAAUAAGUGUCUUCAUAAUCUGAGCUUAAUAUUAAGAUAAAUGUUUGUAUACGUAUGAAUUUUUGAUGUAUUAUAUAAGUUGUAAAUAAACUACAUUUUAUUAUAAAA